CGUUGCUCAUGGUUAGACUUUUAUAAUAGAUCUAGAGGCCCAUCAGCCUCGUCCUGCAAUUGAUCCACUUUCCGACCUUUUAAUAAUGACUGGUGUUGGGCAUACGGAGUGGUCUCUUGUUUCCGUGACUGCUUAUCAUGCUUGCUUUUCCCUCUUCUAAUUUAGCCUAACGUACCCUUUCUUUUCAAUACCAUUUUUUUCCCAUUCAAAAUUUACCUGUUGUGGUCCCAUCUCCCCCUAUAACAGCUUUGCUCACAGACUGCGAGGUAAUAAGCAAUUCGAAAACUUGCGCAGCAAGUCGGGCGCAAUGGAACAACCGCAGACAACAAGAAUUCCCUACUGGAAGCUGCUUCUGGACCAGGGAAUCGUCACUGAUGAGAUUGCCAACUACCCUUACCCCGGCAGUGGCACUGAAGAUGACCCGUAUCUCGUCUCAUGGCUUCCUAAUGACCCGCGGAACCCAAUGACCUUUCCGGAGUACAAAAAAUGGAUGUAUACGCUUGCCGUGUCCAUAUCAACCUUGGCGGUUGCUCUGGUCUCGUCUGCUUAUUCUGGUGGCAUAGCUGAGAUCAUGGCGGACUUCCAUAUCGGAACUGAGGUUGCGACUCUGGGUAUAUCGCUUUUCGUCUUAGGGUUUGCCAUCGGACCUCUGCUAUGGGCCCCCCUCAGUGAACUCUUUGGUCGCCAAUAUCUCUUCACCAUAAGCUAUUGCGGUUUGACCAUCUUUAAUGCGGCUGCCACAGGCGCGAAAAACCCCGAGUCUUUGAUCAUUUUUCGAUUUUUCGCCGGUUGCUUCGGAUCUUCGCCACUGACCAAUGCUGGUGGUAUUAUUGCGGACAUGUUUUCCGCACGUCACCGCGGACUGGCAAUGAGUCUUUUCGCAUCUGCUCCUUUCAUGGGUCCUGUUAUUGGGCCUAUCGUCGGAGGGUUCCUUGGUGAAAGUGCAGGCUGGAAAUGGGUCAUGGGUCUUCUAGCAGCCUUUUCUGGAACUGUCUGGAUCGCCUGCAGUCUCUUCGUCCCGGAAACCUAUGGGCCAGUGCUUCUACGAAGAAGAGCCGCUCGGCUGUCAUCUCUAAAGGGGAAAGUUUAUCUUUCUCAGCUUGAUGCAAAGCAGGGGGGAAUCCCAACGAUUACAGAAGCAUUUAAAACCGCCCUCUCCCGUCCCUGGGUUCUUCUCUUCAAGGAACCUAUUGUCUUGCUCCUAUCCAUCUACAUGGCAAUUAUCUACGGCACACUUUACAUGCUCUUCGCGGCAUUCCCAAUCGUCUAUCAGCAAUACCGUGGCUGGAGCCAAGGUAUCUCCGGCCUUGCCUUCCUAGGUAUUCUUAUUGGCAUGCUCUGCGCACUCGCCUUCACCAUAUACGAUAACAAGCGAUAUAUCGACGCCCAGGCCAAACACAACGGUUUCGCUCCUCCCGAGGCCCGUCUCCCCCCCUGCAUGAUCGCUUCCAUCGCCGUCCCAAUCGGCCUCUUCUGGUUCGCUUGGACCAACUACCCCAGUAUCCACUGGAUGGCCAGUAUCGCAGCCGGCGCACCCUUCGGGUUCGGAAUGGUCCUCCUCUUCCUGAGCGUCAUGAACUACCUCAUCGACUCCUACACCAUCUUCGCCGCCUCCGUCCUCGCCGCCAACUCCGUCCUGCGUUCCAUCUUCGGCGCCGUCUUCCCCCUCUUCACCAAAUACAUGUACGCCGACCUCGGCAUCCACUGGGCCUCCAGCAUCCCAGCCUUCCUCGCCUUAGCCUGCGUUCCCUUCCCCUUCCUCUUCUACAAAUAUGGCGCCGCUAUCCGCCAGCGCUGCAAAUUCGCCGCUCAAUCGGACGCCUUCAUGCGCCAGAUGAUGGAGGGCGCCGCUGCCGCGAAAAAGCCAGACGCAGCCGAGCCCCCUGCUCGCGCUGAACCCGAACCCGGACUCCCGGCUUUAGACGAGAAGCCUGAACACAAGCCCUCGUCCUCGGACUUGCAUUCAAACACAACUCCCUCUGACUCCGACGUCAAUGAACUUCCGUCGGAGUCGGUCCGUCGCAGUCGCACCUUCUCGUUGCAUUCUCGCCGCGCGAGCACCGUCGAGUCGAAGCCCGCGUACGAGGAAAACCCGUAUGAUAUCGAUCGCGUGCAUACGCGGGAAUCAUUUAAGUAGGUCGAUGCCGAAGUCAACGGGAGUAUAAUCUAGGUUUGUGUAGAAAAAGCUUUUGAGUUCUUGUGUUCAUAGACAAUAGAUGGCAUUUGGCAUUUGUUUGAUAUUCAUGCUGAUUGUUGUCUUGGGGAAUUUAAGCCCCCCUUUUUGAUUUUUUCUUUUGAAUUUUAUUUUCUUCUCUUUCUCUUUUCUUGCCUUUUAAUUCGACUUUCUAUACCUCUUUUUGUUCCUAAUACCUCUCCUGUCUCCAG